GCUAGUGCUUGUCAUCGUUCAAACAAUGAAACAUAUUAUUAUUUUGUUGGCCCUAGCAUGCAGUUGUGUCCACACGACAACUGCAAGUGUCAGCUUUUCUAACCUGACAUACGAGAUGAACCCAGAGUAUUUAAAAGGCAAAAUCAAUGUUAAAGUUGACGGCGGUAAAUAUUCAAUUGGAUUAGAUACUGAUCUUCUGAAGAAAAUGGACGGAAACUUUUGGGUAGCUAUCGUGAUUGCGAAGAAAAUGGAUGACACAUACGUUCCAAUUGUCGACAUAAAACUAGAUACAUGUCAAACAGAUCCAUCAGAGGCAGAGAGCCCUUUGAUACGAUUUGUUUCUACCGAGGCGAAAAAAUUUGUGACCUUUGGAUUGAAGUGCCCCUAUGAACCUGGACAUUAUGCUGUGAAUAAUUUUGCGUUCGAGAAUAGCAGCGCUUUGAUGAACUUCAUCCCGAAGGGAAUGUACCAAGUGAGCUUCACUUCACACCAUCAAUCUCCCGGAAGCAGCCAGUUAAAUAAGGUGAUAAUCUUGUCAUUUUACGCCGAUGUUCAAUGAAACUCGUCAUGUUGUUGCCAGUGGAAGUAACGGAAGUAAUAAUGCAGUUAUUGGGACCAGUGAA